CACACGUGCGAGGAGUAUGCAAUGGAUAUAUCAGGCGGUGUAUAAAUACCAGAAGGACUAUUCCCGCAUUUUGAUUUCAACUCCAUCUGCCUUCCAUCUGUUAGAGCGGGAAGAUGAAAAAACAGACACCCGCUGCUCGGAUGAACUUCCGCAAGGGCUACAACGUCUGGGUCGAGGACAGCGAUUGCGCGUGGGCCCCGGCGGAGGUCGUCGAUGUCGGGGAGAAACGCGUUAUCGUUGUUACGGACCGGGGAAAGAAGGUUCCGGCAGUUCCUGGGAAAUUGCUGCCUAGGGAUCCGGAUGAGGACCAUGCUGGGGUUGAUGAUAUGACGAAGCUGACGUACUUGAAUGAGCCUGGUGUUCUUUUUAACCUCGCGAGGAGAUAUGCGCUUAACGAUAUCUAUACGUACACAGGGACCAUUUUGAUUGCUGUCAACCCAUUUACAAAGCUUCCUCAUCUUUAUAAUGUGCACAUGAUGGAGCAAUAUAAAGGAGCUCGACUUGGGGAGCUAAGCCCACAUGUGUUUGCCGUUGCUGAUGCUUCAUACAGAGCUAUGAUGAGUGAGGCCCGAAGCCAGUCCAUUUUAGUCAGUGGUGAAAGUGGGGCAGGAAAAACAGAAACCACAAAGCUGAUAAUGCAGUAUCUAACUUAUGUUGGUGGCCGCAUUGGUGGUGAUGACCGAACAGUUGAGCAGCAAGUUCUCGAAUCGAACCCACUCCUGGAGGCAUUUGGUAAUGCAAGAACUGUUAGAAAUGAUAACUCAAGUCGCUUUGGCAAGUUUGUCGAGAUCCAGUUUGAUGCAAAUGGUAGGAUAUCUGGUGCAGCAAUUAGAACCUACCUUUUGGAACGGUCUCGUGUAGUACAGAUAACAGAUCCUGAAAGGAAUUAUCACUGCUUCUAUCAUCUCUGUGCUUCUGGGAAGGAUGCAGAGAAGUACAAGCUAGGGCACCCAAGCAACUUUCAUUACUUGAACCAAAGCAAGAUUUAUGACUUAGAUGGAGUAAGCAACGCAGACGAAUACACAAGGACAAGGAGAGCAAUGGAUAUAGUUGGUAUAAGUCUUGAGGAUCAGGAAGCCAUCUUCCGCACCUUGGCUGCUAUUCUACAUUUGGGCAAUAUCGACUUUUCUCCUGGCAAAGAGCAUGAUUCUUCAACUAUUAAGGACCGGAAAUCUAACUUUCAUCUUCAGACUGCUGCUGAUUUAUUUAUGUGCCGGGCAGAUCUUUUGCUUGCAACUCUAUGCACACGUAUGAUACAUACCCACGAAGGAAACAUUGUCAAAGCUCUUGACUGUAAUGCUGCUAUAGCUAGUCGUGAUGCUUUAGCGAAGACUGUCUAUUCUCGGUUAUUUGACUGGCUGGUUCAAAAAAUUAAUAGCUCUGUGGGGCAAGACCUGAAUUCCAAGAUUCAAAUUGGAGUCCUUGACAUCUAUGGCUUUGAGUGCUUCAAGACUAACAGUUUCGAGCAGUUCUGCAUUAACUUUGCAAAUGAAAAACUUCAGCAACAUUUCAAUGAGCAUGUGUUUAAGAUGGAGCAGGAGGAAUACAGCAAUGAAGAAAUCAAUUGGAGCUACAUUGAAUUCAUCGACAACCAAGACGUCUUGGAUUUGAUAGAGAAGAAACCUAUUGGGGUUAUUGCUCUCUUGGAUGAAGCUUGCAUGUUUCCAAAAUCAACACAUGAAACUUUUUCUACCAAGCUGUUUCAGAGCUUCCGAACUCAUCCAAGGUUCGAAAAGCCAAAAUUUUCAGAAACAGAUUUUACCAUUUCCCACUAUGCUGGCAAGGUGACCUAUCAAACAAAUUCUUUUCUAGACAAAAAUCGUGACUACGUCGUUGUGGAACAUUGCAAUCUUUUGUCAUCAUCAAAAUGCUCCUUUGUUGCGGGUCUUUUCCCUUCGCUGCCAGAGGAGUCUUCAAGGUCAUCUUACAAGUUCUCUUCUGUUGCCUCUAGAUUUAAGCAACAACUUCAAGCACUCAUGGAAACACUCAACUCAACAGAACCUCACUACAUUCGCUGUGUCAAACCAAACUCAUUGAAUCGUCCUGUAAUAUUUGAGAACCAGAGCAUCUUACAUCAGUUACGAUGCGGGGGUGUUCUAGAAGCUGUUCGGAUAAGUCUUGCUGGGUAUCCUACUCGAAGGACUUACUCUGAUUUUGUGUAUCGUUUUGGACUUCUCGCCCCGGAACUUAUAGAUGGAAGUUAUGAUGAAAAGGCUUUGACUGAGAGACUUUUGCAGAAGUUAAAACUUGAGAAUUUCCAAUUGGGCAAGAACAAGGUUUUCCUUAGGGCUGGUCAAAUUGCUAUUUUAGAUGCUCGACGAGCUGAGGUUUUGGAUAAUGCAGCAAAGUUUAUUCAAUCUCGAUUCCGAACAUUCAUUGCUCGGAAGGAUUUUAUCUCAGUUCGGUUGGCUGCAAUUGCACUCCAAGCGCACUGCCGCGGUUGCCUUUCUCGAAAUAUAUUUGCAGCUAAACAGCAAGUAGCAGCAGCUCUUUCCAUUCAGAAGUACGCUCGUAGAUGGCUGUCACAGCGUGCUUACUCGCAACUUUAUUCAGCCAUUGUUCUUUUACAAGCUAGCAUCCGGGCUUUGUCUGUUCGUCAGAAGUUUCUUCGUAGGAAGGAAGACAGAGCUGCUCUGUUGAUCCAGGCCCAAUGGAGGAUGCGGAAGGCCUGCUCAAUUUUCCGACAGUCUCGAAGAUAUAUAGUGGCCAUACAAUGUGCUUGGAGAGGGAAGCUCGCGAAAAGAGAGCUUCGGAGGCUUAGAAUGGAGGCAAAUGAAACUGGUGCAUUACGUGAAGCAAAGAAUAAGCUUGAGAAACAAUUGGAAGAACUCACAUGGCGGUUGCAUCUGGAGAAAAGAUUGCGAGCAUCUAAUGACGAGGCAAAGUUGUUAGAAAUUUCAAAGCUUGAAAAAGCAAAUGAACUAUUGAAUGCCGAGUUGGAUGCAGCUAAAGCAGCAACUCUCGGUGAGUGCGAUAGGAUUGGUUUGCUUCAAAGUCAGCUAGAGAUAUCAAUGAAAGAGAAGGAGGCUUUGGAGUGUAGACUCAUCGAGAUAGAAGGAUUGAGCAAGGAGAACUUGUUUCUAAAGAGUUCGGUGGAAUCCCUGAAAAAAGAUAACCUGGCAAUGGAGCAAGAGCUUUUAAAGGUUAGCAAAGAUUGCAACAAUACUUUGGAAAAGUUACAGGAAGUAGAGACAAAAUACGUUCAGCUUCAGCAGAAUAUGCAGAGCUUGGAGGAGAAGCUCUCAAAUUUAGAUGAGGAGAAUCAUGUUCUGAGGCAAAAAGUGUUAAGCUUCUCUCCCAGAAACAACCUCACUGGUCAUGUUAAACCCUCUACAGAGAAGUAUUCUGGUGCGCUUGCGCUCUCCAACAUGGACCGGAGAUCCCUUUUUGAGACACCUAGUCCUACGAAAGGUUUGAUACCUUAUGUGCAUAGCCUAUCCGAGUCACGCCGAUCGAAGAUGAUUUCUGAAAGGCAUCAGGAAAAUCAUGAAUUUCUUUCGAGGUGCAUCAAAGAAGAUCUAGGGUUCAAAAAUGGUAAACCGGUGGCAGCGUGUAUAAUAUAUAAAUGCCUUCUUCAUUGGCAUGCAUUCGAGGCUGAGAGGACGACUAUUUUUGACUAUAUAAUUGAGGGCAUUAAUGAUGUUCUUAAGGUGGGUGAUGAGAACAAAAUCUUGCCAUAUUGGUUGUCCAAUGCUUCCACACUCCUAUGCCUCCUGCAGAGAAACCUGCGAUCAAAUGGCUUUCUCACAACACCUCGACGUUCUGGGCCUUCUGGGUUAACUGGAAGGAUGACACAAGGUUUAAAAUCUCCUCUGAAACUUAUCGGGUCCGAGGAGAAUGUGUCGCAUGUAGAUGCACGGUAUCCAGCUAUACUAUUUAAGCAGCAAUUGACCGCUUGCUUAGAGAAGAUUUUUGGCUUGAUUCGGGACAAUUUGAAGAAAGAGAUUUCACCACUUUUGAGUCUUUGCAUACAGGCACCAAAGUCAACAAGAGUAUCUACUGGAAAAUUGUCUAAAUCCCCGGGGGGUGCUGGUCAGCAAUCACUGACCAGUCAUUGGGACAGUAUCAUUAACUUCUUGGAUUCACUUAUGGCUCGCUUACGUGAAAAUCAUGUACCCUCCUUUUUUAUCCGCAAGCUCGUCACCCAAGUUUUCUCAUUCAUCAAUAUACAACUUUUCAACAGUCUUCUACUACGACGUGAGUGUUGCACAUUUUCCAAUGGAGAAUAUGUGAAAUCCGGACUUGCAGAACUUGAAAAAUGGAUUGUUAAUGCUACAGAGGAGUUUGCAGGAACAUCAUGGCAUGAGCUAAAUUAUAUCAGACAAGCUGUUGGAUUUCUGGUAAUCCAUCAGAAGAGGAAGAAGUCUCUAGAAGAGAUCAGACAAGAUCUUUGUCCAGCACUGACCGUACGGCAAAUUUAUCGAAUUAGCACAAUGUAUUGGGAUGACAAGUACAGCACACAAAGUGUGUCGAGUGAGGUGGUUGCGAAAAUGAGGGAUAUCCUGAGCAAGGAUUCACAGAACUUCAUGUCCAAUUCAUUUUUGUUGGAUGAUGAUCUAAGCAUUCCCUUCUCCACAGAAGACAUAUCAAAGGCAAUCCCGCCAAUAGAUCCAGCAGAUGUUGACCCCCCGGCGUUCCUGCAUGAUAUUCCAUCCGCCCAGUUUUUACUCCAGCAUCCGGAGUGAAUUCCCAGUGUGGCCUGCCCUUGGUGAAAUCCAACUUUCCUUUUCUUAUUUCAGUCAAAUUGAUCAAGCUCCAUGUAGAUAAAGCACCAUCCAAUCGAGCUAUCUGGCGACUGCAAAGCAGAGAGGCACACUGUUUUUGUACAUUGUACAGAUGAAGAACGGGCGUUCCAAGAGAUGAAAGUUUCCACAAUUCAACUCAGCGGCUGUUCCCUUGGGAUAGGGUUAGCAGUCCGGACCGAAUGUAAGAUAACCAUCAUCAUACUUACAAAUUCAACCUAACUAGAUUAGGUAGGAAAUGAGGUCCCAUUGUUUCAUUGGCCUUUGAUUGUAGACUGUAGAUGUCUCCCAUUUUCUUUUUUCGUUAGUGACCUUGUAAUGUCAUGUAUUGCUGUAUCCUUUUGUUUUGUAAUUUAAAUGAUUUUGUAUAUUUAAAAAGAAGAUUUCUUUAACAAAGGAACCAAGGUAGUGAUGAUGAUUUGCCAAGAUGGCUAUAA